AUGUCGCUUAGGGCAGACGCAUCGCGGGCGACAUCGUUGCCAUCAGCAUUGGAGCACACCUUAGCUGCUGAUGGAGAAAUACCAGAGGGGGGUUCUGCAUUGGUUGUGGGUUCAUGUAACAUCCAACAAGUUUCUGAUCCUUUGCAUGGGAGUGAGGAGCUUGACAACGGUUUCAAUAGCCUGCUCAAUCAACAGGAGUGUCUUGAAGGUACUCAUGUGUUGCGGGCCACUGCGCUGGACUCAGAUGAUGGCUUGGAUUCUCAGCAAGCUGAUUUGUUUGGUGAUCAGUUCAGUUGUGAGCUUGAUGGAUGGGAACCAGUAGGUGAUGCUGAUGACAGUCAACUAGACAAAGGUUUGUCUGCCCCGCAGCUAGAUGAAGGUGUCGACUGGCUUCUGCACUUGAAUGAAGGCAAUGCGUUGAGCCUGGACCUUUGCACUGAACGUUUGGGGCCUGAUGUGCAACCAGCAUCUGAGCCUGUCAAUCCAGCAUUACCUGGUUUUGGGGUUGAUCACAGCAGAUGGGCAUUGGAAGCAAACUCUCCAAAAUUUUUCUGGGAGACUGAUCCUUUUCUGAGUGACGUGUUUGGGCAGUGCAGCAAUCGUGGUCCAGACCUCAAACGUCCAGCUGUCGACAUUGACUUGACUGACAUGGUUCAGUACGAUGUGAUGUCAUUACUGCAGAAGCCUAAGCAAACAAGGGUAGCUGGGUUGUGCGAGCAAGUCAUUAGACAUGUCGAGAUGAGGGAAGAAGCUGACAAGAGACAAAGUGUUGUCUCCAAUUGGACAAGUCUUGUGUGCAUUAGCUUGGACGCCUUUUCAGUUGGUGAUGCAAUUUUGGCGGCGGGUACCCAAGUAACCCACGUGGACGUUGAGCACAGCCUUAGAGCUUGCUUUGCCAGGAAGGCAACCUCAACUUUGUCGAAGAGGUUCUAUGCACUGAAUAGAUUUGUGAACUUUUGUGGACAGCGUGGUUUACAGUUUUUUCCGCUGAGAGAGCACGUUAUUUUCACGUACCUCCAGCACAUGCUGAAGGAUGAAAACACUGCAGCAAGUGCGGGCAGGUCAUUUUUGGAAGCCUGUAGGUUUGCAAAAGGAGUUUUGGGUUUGCGUGGUGACCUGGCUGAGCUUGGCACAGCUAGGGUGGACGGAGUCGCCACUGAACUCAGCACGCGUGCAGGGCCCAUUGCGCAAGCAACGCCGCUGCUGGUAUCUCAGGUGAUUACUCUGGAAAAGCUGGUGGCUACCACACCAGACUUGAAAGACAGAGUGCUCUUUGGUGCGAUGCUCAUCCUGCUGUAUGGUUGUGGACGUUUUUCAGAUGGACAAAGGGCCGUCAACAUGAUAUUGGACGCUGAUGUGGCCAGCAUUGACCCUGAUUCACUGGAGUGCCCAGGGUACCUUGAGCUUCAAGUUCUUGGCAACAAGGGGGCCAGAAGUGAAGUUUUGCGGCGUACGUUCUUGCCGUUGGUGGCCCCCAUCUACUCGCUGGGAAGCCAUGACUGGUUCAGGGCGUGGCUACAAGCACGUGAAGCACUGGGAUUAGAGACAGGAGGCAGGUUGACUGUCCCAUUGCUCUGCCGCUUUGGCGUUGAUGGGAAGCCUCUACAGCAGGAGAUCACAUCAUCGGAAUGUGGCCAGUUGCUGCGUGAAGCUUUGAGGGUUGGACAUGACAAGGGCUGUGGGGUGAAGUCCCAUAGCCUGAAGGCUACUGCCCUGUCGUGGGCUGGGAAGCAUGGCUUGGAUCUUGAAACUAGGUACACCUAUUUUGCUGGCAAGCCCGUGAAGGGCGUGGCGAUGUGCGAGCACUGCAUGGGAAGCAGGGCGAUGUACGACAAUGAUAUCAGAUGCUUCAAUCACUUGGCCUUUGCAGUGAAUGGCCAGCCUGGUCAGUUGGAUGGAGAGCGGUUUCAGAACUUGGUCGAUAUGAUAUGCCCAAGGGGCGCUAGCAUUGGGGUCCAAGCUGGAUUAAAGCAGUUGGCCUAUGAGGCCUUGACGGUUGCAGUAGCCGCAAUCAAGCAGAGAGUUGAGACACCUGAUGAUACAGCCAGGAAACUCCCUGCUCAAGAAAAGGACAUGAGGCUCAGAACAAUGAGGAGCAAGAUCAGCGGCUUUGAAAUCACAGGUGAUUACGAGCCUGGGCAUUGUGUGAUUGAUGCUUUUGCUGCAAUGUUAGACGAGGGUGCGCUGAGGCAUUUCCCUUUGAGCCGAUGUGUGAGUCGUGAACUUGAGCUGCUGUCAGUCAAAACUGAUAAACAGGUCGUUUUGCUUGAGGGGCAUCAGCUGCAGGUGAAGGCAAAAUCGGACGAACUGACGUCUGAGUUGGGCAAUGAGCUUCGUGUCCAUCAGGCGAUGAUCAGACGCGGCUUAGCGUUGGAAAUGAGCAAUUUGGCUACGUACGCAACACAUGAGAAGGUGAUGCGCCACUUCAUGGGCCACUUGAAUAAGCCUGCACCGCCAGGCUACAAGGCGGCAUCCAUUGACGCCAUUUUGAGGGCAGACAAGGAGCUAUGGACGCGAGUCGCUGAUCAAGUGAGAUCUGAGCUGAGGGCUGACAAAAAUGGGACACUGCCUGUGGAUGUGGCUUUGGAGCAACUUCAUACUUCAGCGUCAGUGGCCUUCCACCUGCUUCCAUUGCCCCUUGCAGCUGGUGGCAAUGCAAGCGCAAAAAGAAAGAUAAGUGAGGAGGACGAUGGACCGCAGAAGAAGCAGCCAAAGGCAGCGGUCAAAGGAAUCCCAAUUUUGCAGAUUGACUUGAAUUCACCAGCACAGUGCAAGAUUUUUGAGGAGCUUUUGACGCAAGGGAGCAUGAAACACCCCAUGGGCUUACCAGGUCUGCCUUUUGUGUCUCGCGAGAGGGAACUUUUGCAGUUGCAACGCGUCUGUGACGAUAAUCAUGACCACGACGCUUGGGGUGUAACAAAAGACGGUACCUUCGCCACGGCCCAAGAGUGUGCCUAUGACCCUGUUUUAUGUGCAAAUUGGGCCAACGCCAUAGCCGAGUAUGCCCAGCGCUUAGGGUACCAUGCACCCCCUGCCACUCUUGAUGCGGUGGAUGCUGGGCACCUACAUGUCAAAGACGUGGCAAACCGAGCCAUCACUGGCAGUUUGCCUCGAGGAAACAAAAUGCCACCUCUGCUGACUGACUUUUUACGCACAGAAGUUGUCAAUUUGGAAAAUUUUCCGUUUUUGAGACAAGUGCAGCCCGGCUCCAGGUUGCCAGACAACCCACACUUUUCCAAAGGCGCUCGGCUGCUCCGGUUUUUGAAUGAUCAGAAGGGGGUUGAAAUUGGCCUGCCCAUUGAGCCGAUGGAGUACAUCAAACGAGCUUGCAGUUUGGUGCACCCCAACAUGCAGCCUGUCAAGCUGCCAGAAGGUAUGGAAAGAGCCAUCGCCUUGCAUGGGUGCGACUCUGCAGUUGAGCUUCGGCGGGUUCGCAUAGCUUGGACCAAAUCUAUGAUUGAGUUGUACAAUCAGUCCAAGGCCGCUGAGGAGAGGAUCAGUUUGGAAAGGCCAGACCAUUUGAGGUCGGUUCUGAAGGGCAAGCGUUUUGAACUUAUGCGACUCUCCUUGGAAGCGGUGGGGUACCCUGAUGCCUCAAUUGCCAAGGAGGCUUCGGAUGGGCUGCCAUUGGUGGGCUGGAUGAAACAGUCUGACAUGUUUGCGACGUUGGCAGAAGUGGAUGGCGGGACCUUGGAAGGCCCUUUUUCAGUGGAUGCCUUGCCCCCUGGCCAUGUCGUAUCCCCCAGAUUUGGCUUGCGUCAGGGGUCUAAGACACGACCGAUUGACAAUUUGACUGCCUCUGGUAUCAACGCUACAGUUGGGUUGCCCGAGCGCUUGCAGGUCGACACCAUCGAUGAGGUGGCUGGCUUGAUAAAGCGGUUCAUGCAAGUGCACGGGCCUGAGUGCAAGUUGGUAGGCCGCACUUAUGAUUUGCGGAAGGCCUACCGCCAGCUCGGCGUGAGUAGUGACCAUUACAGGUUCUCUUGGAUAGCAGCCUGGUCGCCUAUUGAUGGCUGUGUGAAGCUCUUCCGCAUGAGAGGUCUCCCUUUCGGGGGAACGGCAUCCGUUGCGUCUUUCCUCCGAGUGUCUCGUGCGCUCAAAGAGCUGGGCAUCAGGGGUGCGGCUCUGCUAUGGAGUUCCUUUUUCGACGACUUCAUAUGCAUAGCAAGGCCUGAAGAUGCUGACAGUGCCCAUAUGACUGUCAAGUUUUUGUUCCAGAGCCUUGGGUGGGUGCUGUCGGAGGACCCGGAGAAGGACAAAGGCUUUGCACCGAUUUUUACAGCUUUGGGUGUGGAGUUUGACUUGAGCAAGACUCACGAAGGUGUCCUCAGGAUUGGCAACACGCAAAAACGGCGUGAUGAGUUGGCCACCAUGGUGCAGGGCUUUCUUGAUGCUGACCGGCUAACCUGUGCUGAGUCGGAGAGCUUAAGGUCGAGGUUGACAUUUGCUGAAGGCCAGGUCUUUGGCAGGAGUGCUAAGCUUGCUUUAAGGGCUGUGGGAAGUCCAGUGAGAACUGGGUGUGACUGCUCCCCAUUGUCUGAGGAGGUGCUAUUUGGCUUGAGUUGGAUGAUGGACAGAAUUGUUCAUGCGCCGCCGCGCGUGGUCACAACUGCGUCGGAACCUCCUCUUCUGCUGUUCAUUGAUGGGGCUUGUGAGCCGGCAGACACCACCGGUGACACCAUGACCACUUCAGUCGGUGCAAUCCUGAUUGACGCUCAGGGUCAGGGCAUGCAAUUCUUUGGCCUCCAGCUACCUGAUGAGAUAGUGGAGGAGUGGGCAUGUGGCGGUCGACGUCAGCUUGUGUUUGAAGCUGAGGUUCUCCCAUACCUUUUGGCGCUUGCAUGUUGGAGCAAAUUGAUGGAGAAGCGCCAAGUGCUUAUCUUUGUUGAUAAUGAUGGUGCGCGGCAUAGCUGGAUUAAAGGCAGUGCAGAUUCAGUGCACGCUAUGAGGAUGAUCCACAAAGGGACGCUUCUUGAAGCUCAGCUGGAAGUCCAGCCCUAUUUUUGUCGUGUGCCAACAAUGAGCAACAUUGCAGAUGGCCCAUCCAGACUGGAUUUUCGGAUGUGCUUUGUGCUUGGAGCCGAAGAGUUCAAAGUGCCUCUGGAUAUCCUUCGCAAAUGUGCGAUUGGACAACAUGUGAUGAAUGUAUAG